AUGAUUUCAAUUAUCCCAGUUAACAGCUUCUUAAACCACCCAUUAUUAUGGAGAUUUACAGGUUUCAUAUCAAGUAUAAUUGGAUUACUCUGCUACGCACUAAGCUCCUCUUUCAAACAUUUAUUUGGAGAGUGGAAUUUACCAAAGAUUUUUGUCUAUGUAAUUGUAAGUUUCAUCACGUGUAGCGUUGUGUUACUCGCAAAGAAAUUCCAACUAUCAAGGAGUGUAAUAUUAAAAGCUCACAUAGCGUUUUUAGUUAUUAUGCUAACAUCUGUUUACUCAUUUUUCAACGACAAAAACGUGAAUGGAAAGUCAGAUGUAUUAGGUUUGAUUUCAUGUGUUGCUUUUGCUUUCAUGUCAUUAAGUUUGUCAAGACAAAUUGACAUUGGAUUUGAGGUCGAUUUGCUUAAUUUUUUUCUUGGAUGUCUUACGGUGCAACUUAUGAAUUUUAAUUUGAUGUUUGCUUUUAUUGGAGGUGUGUUUUGUUAUUUUGUUAUUGUUCUUCGGGCUUCUUUGGAUUCACAGCAAGAGGGAGUUGGGACUGUUGAUGCCACUGUCUCUGAUCAUGUUGCCAUAGAAAUUGAUGGUGCCGCAAACCAAGAAUUAACCUCAUUGCGCAAAAGGCAUUUAGUUACAUGUGCUCGAGACGAGAUGCACCCAAGGAAGAGUUUAGCUGCUUAUGACGAAUUUGUUGAUGUUGCACAACGUAUAAGAGCUGCAUUUAGAGAACACACGGAAAAAGAAAUAAAGGAAUUUCAAUUUUUCAGUCAAGAAAAUGAAGCACGUAAGAGAGUUGCUGCAAUUAAGAUUCAACGUGCCUUUCAUAACUACAAAGCAAGGAAGAAGACUAAGGCUGCUAUUCGCAUCCAACGUACCUUCCGUGCAGGGAAUGUUGGCAAAAUUCUUACAUCGUCUAAUAUUAUAAAGAAAGAGGAAAAUUAA